UAAGCUCUCACUGGGGCAGAAAGACCGAAUAGCUGAGGCACAGGCAAAAGCACUUUAUCCCAGGCAGGGGUAGGACAGACCAGGGGUAAUUCUCAGACAGGGGCACUUAGGAGCAGAUGUAAGGCCAGGGAUAUAAUAGUCUCAGGACUGAAUUGGGGGCUCAAGCAGACCUGUUAGUGGCCGGGGCCCCGUGAGACGUGAAGUGAGAGCCCCUAGCGAUGUCUCAUGACACAGCCUGUGAGACCCCCUCACUGCACACGGUGUAUGUCCUGGUGGGCUCCAGUGCUGACAGUGUCCAGCUGCUCAGUUUGAGCCCAAUUCUGCCGGAAUCUGGGAUUGUUCCCGACAUUGAUGUGGAAAGCGCCAUUGAGCCCAGUGAGAACCAGUUCUACCAGUUAAAGAGCCAGCCCAUUCCCAGCAGUCAACCUUCCAGUGAAACUCCCCACGUGCCCCUUCAGACCCCCGGCACCAUGAGCUCCCGCGUUUUGCUCCGGCAGCAGCUGAUGAGGGCUCAGGCCCAGGAACAGGAGCGCAGGGAACAAGAGCAACAAGCAGCUCAGACCCUCGCCGAGCGAUGCAAUUCCGCUCCAGCCACACAGGCCAUCAACGUCAACCCUAUGAGUCGGCCCACCCCGGCGCAGGUUCCGCUUGAGAUCUUAAAGGUGCAAACGCAUCUCGAAAAUCCGACCAGGUACCACAUCCAGCAGUCCCAGCGGCAGCAAGUCAAACAGUAUCUUUCCACCACCCUGGGUGCCAAGGUGCCCAUGAACGCUUCUGCUCCAAGCACAGCAGCCCCAGGAACCUCCCCAAAGCCCGAAGCAGCCAUCCAACCCUCGGCCAGCAGCGCCCCCAACAGUCCACUGGCCAUGCUGAAAAUUGACUCCAGUUUGGAGAACGAGAUUGAUGAUGUCAUUGAUGAAAUAAUAAGCUUGGAAUCCAGCUUCAAUGAUGAAAUCAUGGGAUAUGUGGAACGGGCCCACUUGCCCAGCACACUGCCUGUUUCUGGAAAUCUCCUGGAUGUUUAUUGUGGCACAAGUAUGGCAGCUCCAGCAAUAACUGUGAGCAACUCCUGCCCUGCGGAGCUACCAAACAUAAAGAAGGAAUAUACAGAUCAGGAGACCAAGGCAAUAAUAAAGGAGCGCCAGAAAAAGGACAGCCACAAUCUGAUUGAACGGCGCCGGAGAUUUAAUAUUAAUGAUAGAAUCAAGGAGCUGGGCACCCUGAUCCCCAAGUCUAGUGAUCCGGAAGUGCGCUGGAACAAGGGGACCAUCCUGAAAGCAUCAGUAGAAUAUAUUAGGAAGCUGCAGAAGGAGCAGCAGCGGGUGCGGGAGCUGGAGGGACGGCAACGCAAACUGGAGCACGUGAACCAAAGCCUAAUGCUGCGCAUACAGGAACUGGAGAUGCAGGCACAGCUCCAUGGAAUGAAUGGCAACCCUCCAGCCUGUAACCCCAUGGACACUCUGAAGAGUGAGCCUACCGCCAUGGCAAUGCCCACCUUCCAGUCAGCCAGCCCUCAGCCCCCAAACCCCUCUGCUCUAGACCUGGGAACUCUUCACUUCACAGACCCCCUGAGUGACCUGGUUGACCAGGACCUGAGCUUCCACCUCAGUCUGACCGGGGACUCGGCCAUUGCUGACAUUCUCAUGGACGAUGCCUUGUCCCCACUGGGGGGCGCUGACCCACUCCUCUCCUCUGUCUUCCCUCAAGCAUCAAAAACCAGCAGCCGCCACAGCAGCUUCAGCAUGGAGGAUGACUCCUGACCUGGGCCUAUGUCUAAGUGGCACCCAAAAUGUGGCUCCUGGAGUGAGCAGGGGAACUAGGUUUCAUAAACACAGCACCAGUUCAUUCCUGGGGGAGGACUUGUAUCUCCAUAAUCCUGAAUAUUAGUUCCUGCAGUAUUGAUAGGACAUCUGCUCCCAAACCACUGCCUCUCAAUAUAGAAGGCUCCCAAAUUACAGCAAAGCCCAGUGCUCCAUACAUUUACAUUGGAGUUUAAGCUUUGAUUCUGCCCUUACUUUGAGGCUGACACAAUUGUGAAAGGAGAGUUGGAUAGUCCAGUGACAACAAAUACUGAGGUACAGAUGCAGAGUUUUAUGUGGGGAAAUGUUGCCCUUUAAUGAAGAACUAAACCCUUAAAGCAAAUAGGGCUAGAAAUACCGUAUUUUAUAUAAUGAACUUAAUGAAUGAAUGAACUUUUAAUGAAUGAACUUAAUGCAGCAGCCCUAUAACUGAAGUGGUCCAGACCUUCAAAGCUGUCCCCAGAAGCAUCAGCACCCCCUGUUGGUUUAUGUUAGGUCAGUGGCACUGCACAUGCUCAGUGAGCUCUGGACCAGUGGUGCAAAGCUAAAUCUAGGGGUAUUGGCAAAUAAUCAAGCAGAACAUGAGGUUCAUCUGUCAUUUGAACUGAUUACAUGGCUGAUUAUUUAGCGCUUUUGGUGCAGACUGCACUGAGCGUCAGUAUGGAAGCGCUUGUAUGAAGGAGGAGAAACCAACUGGGAGAAUAUUGGGGAGUGCAGGUCUCACCCCAGUUUCCCUUUUGACAUAAUGAAGAUACUUUGUGUAUUUGAUACCAUGUAUCCACUCCAUGUAACUGUAUAUUCUUCUAUUAAACAUAUUUUACAAUCA